AAACAUGGAAGAACAAUGGAGAUCCUGGUAGAAAAGGGCGUGUUGACCACCGAGAAGCAGAACUUCCUCCUCUUUGACAUGACGACACACCCCCUCACCAACAACAACAUUAAGCAGCGCCUCAUCAAGAAGGUCCAGGAGGCCGUCCUGGACAAGUGGGUGAACGACCCUCACCGCAUGGACAAGCGCCUGCUGGCCCUCAUUUACCUGGCCCACGCCUCGGACGUGCUGGAGAACGCAUUCGCCCCCCUUCUGGACGAGCAGUACGACUUAGCCACCAAGAGGGUGCGGCAGCUCCUCGACUUGGACCCCGAGGUGGAGUGUCUGAAGGCCAGCACCAGCGAGGUCCUGUGGGCGGUGGUGGCGGCCUUUACCAAGUAGCCCCGCCCCGAGGGGCGUGUCCUCCUGUCUCUGUCCGCCGACUGCUUCUGUUCCACGGACUUCUAGUUUUCUGCAAUUUGUACUCCCCUACACUAACAUUGGCUUUUGUUUUAUAAAAUAAUAGGAGGC